UAAUGAAGCAGUUAAUAUUCAUAGCAAUCUGAUCGACACAACAAACAUGAGAUCAAGAGUAGAAGAUUCUCUGCUAAAUACUUCUGUCCAAGAAUCAUCAGUGCUGCAGGAGUGUUUGUCAUGAGUGCUGGGCUAUAUAGAAGGGGUCAUCCCCGCUCCCGUGCUACUGAGGAGAGCCUCGCCUCCUCCCACCCCAGCCACACACCCUCUCCAGUCUCUGUACGCUUCACUUGGCACGGGCACAGCAACUCAGUACUGUACGAGCUCAACCAGCUCCGAUCCUCUCACACCUUCUCCGAUAUUACCCUAGUCGUUAACGAUGCCACCAUCCCUGCUCACAAAGCCGUGCUUACUGCUUGUAGUCCCUAUUUCAGCGCAAUGUUCACUAGCUCGUACUCAGAAGGAAGCCAAAGCAGUGUAGAGAUGCAUGGAAUCACAAUGGAGGCGCUCGAAUCGCUCGUAAACUAUUUCUACACGUCAGAGAUCACACUGACUACAAGUAACAUUCAAGAGAUAUUUGCAGCUUCUUGUAUGCUGCAAGUGAUUCCAGUCACAAAUGCUUGCUCUGAGUUUAUGAGGCGUCAUCUGGGUGUGUCCAAUUGUCUCGGAGUUCGAUCGUUUGCUGACAUGCUCUCUUGUUUCGAGCUGAAAAAAAUUGCAGACGAAUUCACGAGAAAAAAUUUCCCUGAAGUUGUUAGCUCUGAAGAAUUUCUGAAACUACCUCUCGGGCAAGUUUUGGAGAUUUUCUCAGCAAAUGAUUUGAAUGUGUCGUCUGAGGAGAGUGUGUUUGAUGCCGUGGUAACGUGGAUCAAGUACGAUCCUGCCAACAGGGACAAGUACCUGACACAGCUUUUGAAAAAGGUUCGACUUCCUCUUCUCUCGCCCUCCUACAUCUGUGACCAUGCUCGUAAGGUGGGCAUGAUCGAACAAAGCUCAGUGGCUAUGUCACUCCUGAUGGAUGCUCUGGAAUGCCAUCUGCUGCCCGAGAGGAAGGCGGAGUUUAGCAGUGAGCAGACACGCCCCAGAGCACCACUCAAUAAGACUCAGGCUAUUUUGGUGGUGGGUGGUAUGGGCCGCAGAGAGUUUACUGGCACACCCUCCAUAGAGCAGUACCUCCCCUCCUCCCGACAAUGGCGUUUCCUCACUCAGAUGGUCACCGGGAGCUGGGGGGCGGGGCUUGUUACCACGGACGCUGAGAAGGGUGACGAGGUAUACUUGGUGGGGGGUAGCAAUGAAUCGUCACGCCUGAGCUCACUGGGACGUUACAGUGUGGGGAGUGAUCAGUGGACGUCUCUAGCCGAUAUGUCUAUUGCUAGGAAUGGUGUGGGUGUGGUCUUUGCUAAUGGAUUGUUGUAUGCUGUCGGAGGGUUUGAUGGAGUGGCCCCCCUGAAGAGUGCCGAGUGUUAUGACCCCCGUACUAACCAGUGGAGCCCCCUCCCUGACAUGACUAGUAAGAGGUUCGGACUGGGAGCCUGUGUCUGUGAUGGCAAGAUCUACGCUGUUGGUGGGUCAGACGGAACCAAUCAGAGCUCUGCCGAGUGCUACAAUAUCUCCACCAAGACCUGGUCCCUCAUCGCUCCAAUGUCUGUCUCUCGAAAGUUCCCAGGUGUUGAGACUCUCUCUGGAUGCGUGUACGUGAUUGGAGGAGCUGACACAAGCCCGACUAAGAAACAUUGUUCCGUCGAGAAAUACAUCCCCAAUUUGAACCAAUGGGUAUCUGUGGCACCCCUGACCACGCCUCGUAGUGGACUGAGUACUGUCGUUCUCGAGGGGUGCAUUUUCGCUAUUGGGGGGCACGAUGGAAAAGUCCCCCUGUCAUCUGUGGAGAAGUACGACCCCCUGCUGAACGAGUGGACGACACAGCCGCACAUGAGUGUGGGCAGGGACUGUGCGAGUGCAUCGUUGGUGAGGGUGGAGGUGGGCGUGUCAGGGGGUGGUCCAAGAAUGAGCAGCCCUGCCAUUCUCGGGGGUUCCAGCAACAGAACUAGUCCAGAGAAUGGAACUAUAUCACCCAUCAUAGCAUGAUUGUGUUCCGUUAUUAAAUUAUUUCGACAUCACUGUGUCUAUAAAUCUGUUUUCUUUCGAAUUGAAACAGCAAAAUAAUGAUUAUUAUUAUGCCCAGA